AUGCCCUUGUAUGCUAAAUUCUUGAAAGAACUUAUCAACAAGAAGAGGAGUUGGCAAGUUAAUGAAACCAUACUGCUUACUGAAGAAUGCAGAGCACUAAUCCAGAAAGGACUUUCCCUUAAACUUGGAGAUCCUGGAAGUUACCUUCUACCUUGCACCAUUGGAAGUAUGACUAUCAACAAGGCGAUGUAUGACUUAGGAGCUAGCAUCAAUCUAAUGCCUACCUCUCUAGUGAAAAAGCUGUGCAUAAAAGAGGUGAAACCAGUACAAAUGUCUCUAGAAUUGGUGGACAAGUCAGUGAUAUAUACCAGGGGUGUAAUUGAGAAUCUUCUAGUCAAGGUAGACAAAUUCAUCUUCCCUACAGAUUUUGUAAUCUUAGAAUCAGAUCAAGACGAGGGUGACUCCAUUAUACUGGAAAGACCGUUCUUGGCCACUGCUAGGGCCAUUAUAGACGUAGAGCAAGGAGAAGUAACCCUCAGAAUGCAUGAUAAAAGUGUAACCCUGAGUGUACUGCCAGAAACACAGUUCAGUAAUGAAAAGAAGGAAGAUACGAAAACUAGCAGAGAAAAUCUGCAAUGGAUAGAGGGAACUAGCAAGACAAACAGCAGCUGCAUUCCCAAGCAAGAGAUAGAUGAUACAGCAGAUCAAAAAGAGGAAGAGACUAUGCAAAAUAAUGAAGAAGUUCAAGAAGACAUUGGAGUGUUGGCAACUAAGAAAAGAAAUCUCAAGAAGAAGCCUGUUACUGAUGAUUACUAUACUGUGAGCAAAAUACUCUCACUAGAGCAUGCUGAAGUAGAGCACCAAGGAACAAAGAAGAAGCUCACAAUUAGAGGGGAAAAGUUGAGGCACUACAGUCAUCAACCACCAUAA